UUGUGCGCAUGCGCGGCCGCGCUGAGGUCAGCGCCAUUUUCAGCCGUAGCGGCAGCGGGUCGCUUUGCGUGGCUGAGGUCGUGAUGUCGAACGGCAGUAGUAAGAUGGAAGCGUGCGGGCGAGCGGUCGCCUCGGCCGCCUCAGAGUCCUACACGGGCCGCUGCUCCUCCUCUCUGUCAGGGUUGGGCGGGCGCUACACGCUGGGCCUGCUGCAGACGCCGCGCAGCACUGAGGACAGCACGGGCGGCUCGUCCGGCGGCGGGGCGGGGCUCGCUCCCUUCAGGGCUGCCGGCAGGAAGGAGCCGCCGCGCUCCGGAAGGGGAGAAUCAUAUCUUGGGGACAAAAGUUCCUGUGCAGAAAAUGGGAGUGCAGCGAAUUUCACAAGUGGUUGUUCUGCACGAGGCCUCAGUAACACUUCUGUGGGAAAAAUACCCUUUUCUACCAGUAGAUCUAUUGGCAGAAGCCAUACCCCCGUUCCUGGAUAUUCAGUUACGUCGUCAUCUACAGCCUCUGCUCAUACUGCUGCAUCAGUUAUUGUAGCUGUGGUAGAAGGAAGAGGCCUUGCCAGAGGGGAAGUAGGAAUGGCCAGCAUUGACUUAAAGAAUCCUGAGGUGAUACUGUCCCAGUUUGCAGACAAUACGACUUACGCCAAGGUUAUUACUAAACUGAAAAUUUUAACACCUCUGGAAAUAAUAAUGCCAAACACUUCUUGUGAAGCAGGGAACACAACAAAAUUGUUUGCUUUAAUAACAGAACAUUUCAAAAAUGUGACGUUUACAACUGUCCAAAGGAAAUACUUCAAUGAAACAAAGGGUUUGGAGUAUAUAGAGCAAUUGUGUGCGUCUGAAUUCAGCACUGUUUUCAUGGAGAUUCAAUCAAAGUACUACUGUCUUGCAGCUGCUGCAGCUUUGCUGAAAUAUGUCGAGUUUAUUCAGAACUCCAUUUAUGCUCCAAAGUCACUCAAGGUCCAUUUCCAGGGGAGUGAGAAAACAGCUAUGAUAGAUUCAUCGUCAGCCCAAAAUCUGGAACUGGUAACAAAUAACAGGGAUUCUCGGAAUGGACACACACUUUUUGGUGUCCUAAAUUACACUAAAACUCCAGGGGGAAGUCGAAGACUCAGAUCCAAUAUCCUGGAGCCACUUGUUGAUGCUGAAACAAUUAAAACAAGACUGGAUUGCGUUCAGGAAUUUCUCCAGGAUGAGGAGCUGUUUUUCGGUCUUCAAGCAGUUAUCUCCAAAUUCCUGGAUACAGAACAACUGCUUUCAAUUCUGGUACAAAUUCCGAAGCAAGAUACAGUUAAAACUGCUGAAUCAAAAAUAACUAAUAUAAUCUAUCUGAAGCAUACCCUGGAGCUUGUGGAGCCUCUGAAAGUAAGAUAUGUCUGUCAUUUUUUUGGGUGUGAA